UCGUGUCCGAUAUAUGAAAAAUUCUACAGAUUGGAAAAGAGCAGCGUUAGAGUAAUGUUCACGGUGUCAAACCUCUUCCCAGAUGUUUCUGUCAAAUUAGCAGGAGAUUCGCUGGUUUCUUGUGCAGAGUUUGUGUUUCUUUCCCAUUUCGUGAAUUUCAUCCUUCUCCCAGAAGUAUGAUCGUCGUUAUUCGUGAGAAGGAUGCGGCGGCGCGAGUUCCACUCGGAAAUGUUCGCGUUCUUGCUCAAACUGUCAGAGAUUAAACAUCACGUCACGACGUUUCCAGGUCUCUGUAAGCUCAAGUAGGUCAACACUCGCCUCUCGAAGCAAGCCGCGAAAAUGGGAGCAGUCGAGUGGGUAGUCGAUGAGGAUAAGUACGAGUGCACUCUCUCGAAGGAGACGCAAAAACUUGCGAAAGAUGAGCUGAGGGAGGACAAAAACACCAGGGAUCAGGCCCUCGAGCAGAUGCGCAAUUGGAUCAAAAUGAAUCCGCGUAUUCAAAAUUGCCGUCUGGAUGGGCAAUUCUUACUAAGAUUCUUACGAUGCAAAAAAUUCAAUGUGCCGAUGGCACAGGAAGCCACAGAGAGGUACCUCUUGCUCCGCCAGGUAUAUCACCCGGCUUUCAACAACUUGGACAUCACGGAGCCGAACAUGGAGGAUUUAUUGUCGCUCGGAUACCUCUUCGCCGCACCCGGCCGCGACGCGAAGGGCCGUCGCGUAAUAAUCGCUCGACCAGGCGUAUUCGAUCCGCAUAAAUACACGAACGCGGACAUGUGCAAAAUCCACGCCAUCACUUACGAGUCGCUAAUGGAAGACGAGGAGAGCCAAAUACGUGGCUACGUGCAUUUCGCCGACGGUGCCGGCGUCAGUUUCCCCCAUCUGACGCUUUUCACUCCGAAGGAGGCCGUGCGCAUCGUGAAAAAUGGCGAGCGCACCGUGCCGAUGCGGCACAAGGAAGUACACGCGAUCAACGCGCACCCCUCGCUGAAGUUCGCCCUGGACUUCGGGAUGUCUCUCAUCUCCGACAAGAUCAAGAAACGCAUCAAUCUCUACACGAGUCUGGAGGAUGCUAUCAAUAGCAAGAUGGACACCAGCAUGCUGCCGAAAGAGUACGGCGGCACCAUUCCCAUGAAGGAGAUGAUCGAUCUAUGGCGGAAAGAGCUGAUGGCGAUAAGACCCACGUUAUUGAGACACGACAAGAUGAAGGUCUGCCUCGAGCUGUACUCGGAGAAGGCGCGGGAAGGCGCGGUCUCGGCCCUGAAGCAAGGAUUCGGCUGUUCCAGCGUCGGCCCCAACGACUCCACGAUGUACGGCAUCACCGGGUCCUUCCGGAAACUCGAAGUCGAUUGAUGCCCUCACUCGUUUCGCUCACGCGGGCCUAUCUGGUGGAAUAAGUCGGCGCGGAGUCGCGAUCAAUAUCGGCGGGCCAGGAGGGAUCU